CCUGCGGACAGAGCGGAAGCCACGCCCCACAUUCCCUCCUGAUGGCCUUGCCCCUCCUCCCAGAGUCCAGAGGGGCACUCUUCACUCACAGGUGUCCCCAGGGACAACUCCAUGCCCCACAUGGCCCUCGCCUGGAGCAGCGCCUGUCCCCGGCACUGUUUCCAGCAGCCCAGCCCAAGUGGAACCAGCGGGAACUGGACACCCCUGUGGGGGCGUGCCUGGCAGGGUCCACGGGAACCAGGGCCUCGGGCUUGUGCGAUGUUCACCACGCACCCUGCCGGGCUGCCCCUGGCCUCUUUGGCUGCCUUGAAUUCCUGGCUCAGAGCCACCUGGAGAAGGCACAGGCUUUUUAUACUUCCUGUUAUAUUAACAACCCACGGACCUUUUGGUCCUCCCCACUCGGCGUGAGCAGAGGUGCGCUGGCCCCCGAGAGCCUGGGUGGGUGCCAGGCUGUAAGAGAACACGGCGAUUGCAUUCACCCAGUGGAGCUGGAUCGGCUGGAAACAGUGCCGGGGACAAUGACGUGCUGGGCCGCCGCUGUCCCGAGAUCAGAAGUGAGGCGGUGCGCACCUGUCUCAGGAGUGCGGCUGGCCGUGCACCCUGAGGUAGAACAGGUGUCUCUGCAGUGCGCUCUGCGUCCUGACUGUGCCAGCUAGCUGCCCCGGGGCUCCCGUCCCUCCCGCCAGAGACUGUGAGCUCAGUCCUCUACAGACAGGCAAGGGUGUCCAUCUGGUCGGGACAGCAAGGGUCCUGUUGAGACCUCUCCCACACCGAGCACGGACAUUUCUGUGUGCUGUCCUUGUCCUCUCCUGCCUGUCCCCUUCUGUUCCCUGCCACUGUCCCCCCACCCUCUCCUCUUCCUCCCCCCGCCAUGAUGCCCUCCGCCCGUGGUGCCGUCUGCCUCCCUCUGCGGACCCCGGCGGCCAGCUGCUGCUUUCUGGUCUUUGCCAGUAAUAACAUCAGCCAAGCUAACGCACGAGCUGCUUCCCAGAGUCCGCAGACAGCCCCUGGCUUCACGCUGCCCUCUAUCCCUCGCGUCAGCCCCCUGCAAAUGACAGCGGCAGGAGCUGGAUUACCUUUAUAAGGUGCAUUUAUUGGGCUUUAAUAAACACUGUGCCUUCUCAAGCAUCACAUAUUUUUAAAAUUAUUUUUUGGCUGAUCGAUAUACAGUAAAGCUUUUAAAGGGCUUAUGCCGUCUCUGC